AUGGAAACUAACGUUAAACUCAAUUUGGAGGAUGGUGAUUCAUUAACUGACAUAAGGCAAUAUCAACGCUUAGUAGGUUUAUUAAUCUAUCUAACCGUUACUAGACCUGAUAUUGCAUAUGCAGUAAGUAUGAUAAGCCAAUUUAUGCACACUCCUUGUACCAGUCAUUUGGAAGCCAUUGAUAGGAUACUUAGGUAUCUCAAGAGCACUCAAGGUCAAGGAACCUGGAUGAAGAAAAAUAAUACUAAUACCAUAGUUGGUUUCUCUGAUGCAGAUUGGAUAGGAAGCAGUGACAGAAAAUCAAAUACAGGUUUCUGCACCUUCGUAGGAAGAAACUUGGUAACAUGGAAAAGUAAGAAACAAAAUGUAAUUGCAAGAUCGAGCACAGAAGUCGAGUAUCGAGCCAUGGCAUAUGCGGCUAGCGAACUCAUUUGGAUCAAACAAGUACUCAUCGAUAUGAAAAUAGAGUGUAAAGGACCCGUGCAGAUGUACUUCGACAAUCAAGCUGCUCGACAUAUUACAUCCAACUCAGUGUUCCACGAACGAACCAAGUACAUCGAAGUUGAUUGUCACUUCAUUAGAUAA